GUUGCUUUAUCCUCAAGAAAUCUCUUCCUAGAAAUCCUGGAAGCAGUUUGGGGAGGAGAAGGGCUAAUGCAGACUUUUCAGGUUUGUCAGAUCAGGGUUUCUGGAGACCGGAAAUCACUGCGGUGGUGUACUGAAAGCACCAGAAGAAUCAGGAAGUUCCUGGUGUGAAAGUUGUCCUUGAACUGUGAUGUUUUAGGGGCGUUUUUUUUUUCUCAAAACUGAAAUUAUUUGGGAAAAUCACAGAGAGCAAUUUUUCACCACCAUGGAUAUCGUUUACACUACUGGUGUUCAGUUUGCUGAAACGCUUCAGAGUGCCCUGCCUGGCCUGGAGGAUUUUUGGCUUUGGGUAACCUUUUUCGGCGAUCCCAAAUGUGUCUUCAUUAUUUAUUUCCCUCUUGCCUACUUCCUGCUGGGUAAGAAGGUUGGAUUGACGGUGCUGUGGUUGGGCCUAAUCUCAGAAUGGCUGAACUUGAUGUCUAAAUGGUUAUUAUUUGGGGAACGGCCUUUCUGGUGGAUCUCUGAAUCUGGAUUUUCCAAGAAGAAGGAAAUUUUUCUCCGUCAGUUCCCAUCCAGUUGUGAAACAGGGCCAGGCAGUCCCUCUGGCCACUGUAUGAUCACUGGUGCAGCCCUGUGGCCAGUUGUAAGCAUUCUGGCUAGACAGAUAGCCAAGAACUCCAAAAGUUGGAUCUUGAAGGCAGUGCCCUUUACAGUUUAUUUCCUCCUCUUGCUGCUUAUCGGAUUAUCACGCAUCUUCAUACUUGCUCAUUUCCCCCAUCAAGUUAUUGGUGGCAUUUUGGCAGGGAUCAGUCUAGGUUGGCUACUUCAAUUCUGGGUCCCACUGGAAAGAGGAUUCCGUUUCUACCUGAUGACUUCAUUCUCCCUUUGGCUAAGUGCCACAGUGAUUUAUUGGACAUUGAUUACUCUUGGCAUAGAUCUCAACUGGUCAAUGAAACUUGCUAUGAAGUGGUGUGAAAAUCCCAAGUGGAUCCAUAUGGACACAUACCCAUUUGCUUCCCUGUGUCGUGAUGUAGCCACCGUCCUUGGAUUGGGAUUGACCUUUCACUCUUCAUCCUAUACUCAACUGAAGCUGGAGAGACUUGGUUGGCUUCAGAGGGGAUGGUGUGCCAUCCUGGCUCUUGUUGUCCUGUAUUUCCUAAGUAGUAUUGCCCAGCCACAAGGAGUGGCUCUGUGGUAUGGGCUGAAUUUUGUAAAGUAUGCCAGCUUCCCAUGGAUAGUAAUUACCCUGCUUCCAAAAGUGAUUCUAAUACUGGCCUCUCCAGGAACACAAUCUCACACAGAGUAGCUAGAAAUAUUUGUUCUUUCUCCUUAGACCUUCCCAUUGAAAGAAAUGCUGUAUUUCCUUCAAAAUGAAGAGCAGCUAUGUCCAACCCACGGCCCACGGGUCACAUGUGGCCUUGGACAUUUAGUAAUAUGGACCCACAAGAUCAUAAAAUUUUAACAUGAAAAUUCAAUCCACGAUCACAGAAGAUCUCAGGUUCAAUCUCCAGCAUUCCUACGAAGGGGUAGAAAAAGUACUCCAGUAAAAUCAAUAGAAAACUGAAUUAGAUAGUUUGAUAAUUUGAUUUUGUAUAAGGCAACUUCCUCCAAUUCUAAGUGCCUUGUCUUGCCUUAAUUUGGUAGCAACUUGAGGUCAAAGUCCUAUCAAAGACCAGCAUAAAAUAGCUGAUUCACAAAAUGAGGUAGAAACUAUUGUUUCAUGUAUGUCAAAGUUCACCAUAUUUUGAGGCAAUUAGAAAUGUCCCUGUUGAAGGCACAUGUCCUUAUUCAGUUCUGUAGUCCAAAGAAAUCAAGACAACGUGCUGUGUUACUUUUUUUCUAACUGCUAAAUUCUUCCUAGAGCAAAAAUGACUAUUCUGACAAGCUGUCAGUUUUUCUAAAGAUGACUGGUUCAUUAUGAGUUAGCACCAGGGAAGAGCUUCUUGGAAGGGUUGAGCAUCCUCUUCCCAAAUAUUCUGCUGCUUUCUGGAAUUGAGCUGGAAUGUUUUCCUGCUUUUUGUGAGCAUGGAUCCUCACAAUAAUUACUAUAUGAUUAAUAAUAACCCAUGUUCAUAGAGCAGCAUGACGUGUUUCCCCAAAAAUAAGAGGAGCUUGUUUUAUCUUCGGGAGAUGUCUUACUUUAGGAUUGCCAGAGCCAGGUCUACCAUGCCGUGACACUUGUCGCGCUACUGCCUGAGUUCUUCUGUGGUUACUUGCGGCCACACGCCAUGUAGUGCAUUGCAUUGCUACUGCUGGUCACAGUAGGAGACCACAUGGUUCAUUGCCCCAAUCUCGCUGCUGCUGCUGCUCAUGGCUGGAGGCCGCAAGGCUCAUCACGCCACUGCUGCUGUCUCAGCUGGAGGCUGCAAGUCUCAUCACAUCGAUCGCGCCACUGCCACCAACUGGCAGGAGGCCACAAGGCUCAUAGCGCCAUUUGCAAGUGGGUGCGAUCAGUGCAAGGAGCCUCACGGGCUCCUGCCACAAGCAUCAGCACAAGCUGCGUGGCCUCCUGUUGUGAGCAGUGGCAGCAGCACAAUUGGCACAACAAGCUUUGCUGCCUCCUGCGACCAGCAGCAGUAGCGCGAUGUGCCACAUGGCAUGUGGUUGCAAGUAGCUGUAGAACUCAGGCAGCAGCGCAACAAGUGUUGGGGUAUGGGAGACCCGGCUGCAGCAAUCCUAAGGUAAGUGGGUGUGCGGCGCGUGGGGCAGCUCCAUUCCCCCACCCCCCAGAUUGAUUUUUACACGUGCCCCUUGCCCCAAAACUUAUUUUGGGGUAGGGCUUAUAUUAGGCCCAUGUGUAAAAAUCAAGCUAAGGCAUAUUUUCAGGAUAGCUCUUAUUUUCAGGGAAACAUGGUACAAUUAUUCAGGAGGAAAUUAAUCCUUUUAAAUCUGUGAAGUAUUGGAAGGGCUUCUUAUUGGAAUCCAAAACUACAACAAUGUCCAAAUUUGCUUGUCCAACAUCUGGUAGAUCCUAACCAUCCCCUUCAAAAUCAUUUGAGUCCAUUAUCAAACCAUUCUAACUAUCCAACCAUGGUUAAGUGAUUUUUUUUCUAUCCUAUAAUUUAAAUUAAGUUUAUCAUCUAAUUCUGCCUUUCAGAUCAGCAAAAGACUAAUAAAGAGACCUCUCCUUUUAGAAAAGGCAUAAUGGAGAAUCUUUCCUUCCCUUUUAAUGUGAUCCUUACCACACGUGUGUUUUGCAUUACAAUCAAGCAGCUGGUACUGAAAAUGAUAACUGCAUGGCAUACUUGAUUCAGGGCAGACCAGACCACCAAACAAUGGAGAAAUACGAUCUCAGGAUAUCCCGUUGCUGAUUUGCAAGUUUGAAAAGAUGUUGCAGUAAAUUAUGUUCAAGUUGAUAUUUUCAACUGGUUGUAUAAUGUGUUUGUUUAUGAUUAAUUCCAUGCAGAGCAGCUGGUGUAUGUAUAUUUUAUAUUUUGGUAUAUUUAAUGAACUUCUAUUAGAUGGAUAUUUCCAUAAAUGAGGCUGCAUUUUACCCAUCAUCUCUCUGAUGUUCGGGAAAAUGAAGGAAAUACACACAUAAAAGGUUUCUGAUUAUCCUAGAGGUGUGAACACUUCUUAUUUGCACUACUUUGUGAACAGUCUUUAAAUAUGUUUAUUUUUAAAAGUUAUUUCCAUAAGCAGGAUCAUUUAUGUAGCCCUUUAUCUGUCGUCUUACUACAAUUAACUUGCUCUCAGUAUGCCUCCAUCCAUGUACAAUAAAACAAUAUCUUCAAGCCUAAAAGUCUCCAAGGUUGAAAAAAAAAAGCAUACACUCUGAAAUUACAGAACAUUUUAUGAUGCAGCUCUCUCAGAAUGCUUAUUUCAUUGUACAAUCUAAUAGUCUGUGGCAAACUAGUAGUAUUUACAAAGAGAAGACCCAGUUGCUUAGCAUCCUAAAUAAAGCACUCCAUAACGCA